CGAUUGUGGUUAGAAUUGUUGUUUUGUAAUUGCGCCACGUGGUUGUAUUGUACACAUUUCACGUGUAUAACGUAAUUAUAUUAUUGAAACUUGUAAAAAUGAUGGCAUUUUGGAAUCAGGUUACUUUGGAGCGACCGCCGUAUACAAUAUGGCAAGUCAAGCCACCAGAUGCUAAAAGGACUGGUGUUGAUGUAUCUCGAUUUAAAAAGACAUUAAGCGCAGUGAUCCAUGAUUUUGAAUCAAUGGAUGAUUUACAUAGAAACGUUGCAGUCCUAAACCGCUUAAUUUAUCGAAUGAAAAAUAAAUUUCGAAAUGACAAAGGCUUCAUGUCCAUGGUCAGGUUGGGCAAAGCAUUGGACAACUGUUACAGAAUGUGUCUGAAGAAUGAUUACGUGACUUUGAAAUCUCUCAUUCAAAUGAGAGACAGGAUGUAUAGUUUACCUAGUAGGCAAAAUCUGGAGUAUGUGCUUGCGAGAACACAAGGCUUUGGAAAGCUCAUGACCAGAAUAGAAAGUAUAUCGUGGAUCGCCUCGCAUUAUUUUAUAUCCAGAAUAAAAUUGGGUCAUGCGUGGAACGUUGCUUUAGUAGCUUUGGCUACUGUAUGCAGAAUUUGGUUUCAUACGAGAGAUAUACUCUCGAAAUGUUGCUUCUGGUACGAUGAGCUGUAUCGAUUUACACCACAGUUUCAAUAUGUAGGUGCAAAACCCUGGCUUCCAAAUGAUCAAAGCCUACCACACAACUUAAAAUCGUGGCUGUGUGUGGACUGGGAAGACAGGGAUUUGUCACAUAAUUCAUCUAUCGGGCAACAGCUGAUUAAAAAAAUUAUGUCCGAAGAGUAUGAUAACAUUACUAACGAAAAAAUUAAUACCUUAAUGCUGAAUGAAGAGAUUGAUGAUUCGGAGAUUGAUGACUCAGAUACAGAUAACUCAAGACUGACACAAAAUAUCGAAGUUACUUCGAACAAUAAUGUAAAAAAUAAAUUUUUAUCAAAUAAUGACACGGAAGAUAUUGGAGAAGUAAUAAAUCGGGAGACUUUUGUGAGUAAUAGUAGCAGCAGUCUUCCACCAAACGAUGGAUCCACAGCAAUAAAACGUAAACACGUAAAUACUAAUCAAGGAAAGAGCUCUAAAAAAUCAAAAAUGCGAAGAAAACAGAAAUAA